AUGGUGUUGGUCAAUCCGCUCACGCUGGAUGCGACGGAAGCCCCUGGCAUGGUGAUUGAGCCCGACCAAGUGGAGCAAGCAACAAGGCUUGGCGGUCAGAGGUCCGAUCUUCAUGCGGAUGCCACGUGCCAUUCAUCAAUCAACACUUGGAACCGCGCGACGCCGCCACACGCGUCGAGUCCUCGUCUUUCCACCAUGGCAUCAGAGACGAUGGUGCCGCCAGAAGCGGAGCUGGAGAUGAUAGCAGACGAAGCUAUGGGGCCUCUUCCUGUUUCAAAGAUGGAAGAGUUCGGUAUUUCCUCAUCGGAUUGUAAGAAAUUGAAGGAAGCAGGCUUUCAUACUCUCGAAAGUGUGGCAUUCACGCCCAAAAAGACUUUGCUCCUUAUCAAGGGCAUGUCCGAACAAAAAGUAGAUAAAAUACUCAGUGAAGCGCUGGACCUUGUCAUUGGAGGUGGUAUUGAAACAGGAAGUAUAACGGAACUGUUUGGAGAAUUCCGUACUGCAGAACGGUUCGGACUGGAUGGUCAAGAGGUGUUGGACAACGUGGCCUAUGCGCGAGCCUAUAAUUCGGAUCAUCAGCUGGAUUUGUUGGUUCAAGCAGCCGCCAUGAUGUCCGAGUCGCGUUUUGCCCUUCUCAUUGUUGACUCUCUUACAUCAUUGUAUCGAACAGAUUUUGCUGGGCGUGGUGAACUUUCCGCGCGUCAGACACAUCUGGCCAAGUUUUUACGUACUCUCCUACGUCUGGCGGAUGAGUUUGGUGUGGCCGUGGUCUUUACGAAUCAGGUUGUCGCACAAGUCGACAAUGCAGGCUUUGGUGGCAUGGAUACCAAGAAACCUAUCGGUGGAAAUAUUGUCGCUCAUGCCUCAACAACACGGUACGUCUACGCCACACUAAUCCAAGACUAUCUCUGCGAAAGGGACGUGGAAACCAGAGGAUUUGUCGCGUAG